AUGUUCCGGGGGCAGCGUGGUUGGUUCUGCCGCAGUGUCAGUCAGGACCUGAGGCAGUUCUGGGUGGACCAGGGCGGGGAGCUCAGCGACGCCCAGGCCGCCGACUUCCUGUUCAGCUGUGAUGCUGCGCACCCGGACACGCUGAGAAUAUAUCAGAGCCUCCAGUACAUAGAAGAUAAUGCUACAGUUUUUCAUGCCUCCUAUCUCUCAGCAGUAGCUAAUACCGAAGUGGAAAACGCAGUGUCCAUAGGCUUUUUUGUUCUUCCUCCUGCAUGUCUGCAAAAAGAAAUACGAAGAAAAAUUGGUAGUUUUAUUUGGGAACAAGAUGAAAAUUUUCCGAUAGAAAAGCAUGCCAGAGUAACAUCAAGAGGAAAGGAAAGCACUGGGCGAACAACAGAACACAAAGAGGAAUUGUCCAGAAGUGCAGAAAAUCAUUUACUAAGGACUCCGGAUGUAGAAAAGCAGGUGUACCUCCCUCUUCAGAACUAUCCGGUGAACAACAUGGUAACAGGUUAUAUAUCAAUUGAUGCCUUGGAGAAAUUCCUUGGAGAAUUACAUGACUUCAUUCCUGGAAGCUCCGGAUAUUUGGCAUAUCAUGUUCAAAAUGAAAUUAGCAUGUCUGCUAUAAAAAAACAAAUCAAGAAGGAAUCUAAGCUAAACUGUACUUAGGUUUGGGCAUUUUUUUUGUAAAAUAUUAUGAAAUAUGUAUAUAAUUUAACUGUGAAUGGGGAAAGAAUUAUCUCUUUCUUAACAUGUAUCCUGAGAAAACUCAGAAUCGUUUUGACUAGUGAAACUUGUGACAUAUUCACAAAUUCUAAGUACACAAUUGUUAUGGAGUUAUUGUCAUCCAAACACACUUAAAAGAAAUCUGUCAAAUGCUCUUUUGAUUUUGACUUUAAUAUUGUAUUAUAUUUUUCUAGGUUCAGUAUUGAAAUGCUAACCAAUUAUGAUGCUGGUCAGGUUAUUUUGAUUUAAAAUAAAUUAGGAAGCUAUCCUUGAACUGUAAAUGUUUGUCUCUGAAACAUAGUGAGCCAGGUACCUUACAGUUCCCCUGGUAGAGCUUGAGCCCAAUACUGUGACUUUUGAGGAAACGAAGCCCUUGAGAGUGUCUUGCCAGAGUAACUAAAUGAGGCCAAGCCAAAGUGGAAUAUGACUUUCCUUAUUUUCCAGGCUGGUAUUCACACCCUGUUUUCCUAUAUGGCUAUACUGUAACCUCUGUCAGGAUCUGCGUGUCUCAUUGUGUUACCCAAGCUGCCCUUUAACACCCAAAUAAUACUCCUGCCUCACUCAGCAUUCCAAAUAAAGCUGAAACUGUAGUUAUGUGCCUCUGGA